AAAAGCUGCAGUUAAGGAGGGUCGGAUUUAACCGUCACAGGGAAGUGCGCUCAAACGGAAUCGCGGAGUGGGCUGAGAUAGUGAAUUCCUAAGAAGAAAAUAAUGGAUUUCAUAUUAGUUGUUCUCUAAGUGUUUGGUCUCAGCAUUGUGCAGGUUUUUUGCAAAGGCCAAAAGAAGAUGGCAACUCCUUAUGUCCCAGUUCCUAUGCCCAUAGGGAACUCUGCUUCCAGUUUUGCAACCAACAGAAACCAAAGAAGUUCUUCUUUUGGGAGUACCUCAACAAGCUCAAACUCUUCCAAAGGCCAGUUAGAGGACUCAAAUAUGGGUAAUUUUAAACAGACAAGUGUACCCGAUCAAAUGGAUAGUACUUCAUCUGUCUGUAGCAGUCCCCUUAUUAGGACUAAGUUUACAGGUGCAGAUUCUUCCAUUGAGUAUUCUGCUAGACCAAGAGAAAGUGAAGAACAAAAUCCUGAAACAGUAUAUUUGGAAGAUAGACCUUCUACACCUACUAUACUGGGUUAUGAAGUGAUGGAAGAAAGAGCUAAAUUUACUGUAUAUAAAAUACUAGUAAAGAAAACCCCAGAAGAAAGUUGGGUAGUUUUCAGAAGAUACACUGACUUCUCUAGACUUAAUGAUAAAUUAAAAGAGAUGUUUCCAGGCUUUCGAUUAGCACUUCCACCAAAACGCUGGUUCAAAGAUAAUUACAAUGCUGACUUUUUAGAAGAUAGGCAACUAGGAUUACAAGCAUUUCUUCAAAAUUUAGUGGCUCACAAAGACAUUGCUAACUGCCUUGCAGUGAGAGAAUUUCUUUGUCUGGAUGAUCCACCAGGCCCAUUUGAUAGCCUAGAAGAAAGCAGGGCUUUCUGUGAAACUUUAGAAGAGACAAACUACCGUUUUCAAAAAGAACUACUUGAAAAACAGAAAGAGGUGGACUCACUGAAGAAACUGCUAAAUGAAAAGCAACUUCAUAUAGAAACUCUAGAAAGCAGAAUCAGAACAUUGUCUUUAGAACCUGAAGAAUCACUGCACGUGUCAGAAACAGAAGGUGGACACAUCCCAAAGGUGGAGUCCUCCACACUUGAGGUUGAUCAAGAUGUUUUGCAUGAAGAAUCUAGAACUGAUGAUAAGCCAUGCUUAAGUUUUAGUGAAACUGAAAAUUCUGUAUCGGACAUAGAAGUUGCAGAAGUGGCAUACAAUGCAGAAGACUAAUACAUGACAAGCAGUUCCUUCCAUGUAUAUGUUUAAGCAAAUUUAGAAUAGAGUGGCAAAUAUUUAAAAAGAAAAAAGACUGAAGCAUUUACAGAAAACAGAAAGAUUGCACAUGUAUUAAAGUUUACAUAAAGAAAAGUUUUUUUAAGUUAUUGGGAUAGAAAUGUAUUCACUGCUGCUUUAAAUUGUCUUUUAUCCAACCUUUGUAUUUAAUACACUAAAAAAAAAAAUCUAGAGUUGUUAUCAAGACUCAAUUCUUAAAUAAUGUGCAUAAGUUAUUUUGGUGUUUUGCCGUAUAUUGCUCCAAACGAAUAUGUGUGUGAGCCCUCUUGUGUGUGGUGUGCGUGUUUGUGUUUGUGUUUAAAAUGCCAAUUUUAUCAGUUAAAUGGACAUUAAAUGCAUGUUACUAUCUGGUUGAUAUAUACUUCUUUGUAUCAAUGUAUUUUCAUUAGUGGUUUAAAUCAGUGGUAAAGAUGAAUUAAGUUUUAAAUAUUGACACGUUUACCAUUUGUAAAUAAAAAUUGCCUGUUUGCAAUGUUAUUGCUAUUUAAAAAAAAGAAAACUUUCUAAUACCAAAGGAAAACUAUUACAGAGAGCUAUAGUAACAUAUAAUAAUGUAGCUAAAGUGAUAAAAUAGCCUUGUUUUUAAAAGCUGAUUCAUUAUCAGAGUGCUAUAGUGUCUAGUUUAUUAUAAUAUGUUGUACUUGUUUAUUUUCCACAUAUCUUUAUCUCAAAUCUCUACUUGUAGAAUCAGUGAGUUGUCCUCUUUUGGAAUACUACCUCUUUUUGCUAAUCAAGGUAUACUCUUUUGAAAAUAAAGAUUCUAAGCAAAUAGGGAGUUAUA